AAACUUAUGUUGUUAGAAAAUGUAAUGCUCUUUACGACUUUGGUUAUCAUUAGUCAAAUAUGUGUUUAUCUGCAUAUUGAGAAAUAAUCAGACUAUUGUCCAAAAGCCCAAGAAAAAAUAAGGAUGAAUUUAAAGAUAUUGUGUUUAUUUCAAUUUUAGAGGAGAUACAAACCUUGAUCUACAUUUUCCCAUUAAACCAUUGGUUGAAUGGGGAAGUAUAACUGUAGUUGUUGAAUUAUCUACUCAAAUAGUUCUCCUUACACAAGAAAUAGAAAUAAAUAUAAUUGGAGAAGGCAGUCUUGUACAUCGGCAUACAUCGGUAGUGCUAGAUUUGAAGAACAGAGCAAAUGAACUAGAGUUUAUGGAUAUUAUUGUGGAUGAAACUGAGAUUAUCCCAUACGAGAUCUUUAGAAGAUAUAUCUCAGGAAGUGCUAAGGGUUCGGUUACACUAUCAGGAGAUGUUCUUGGUCCAACAUUUAGAGAUGGAGAACCAGUUUCAUUAUAUACAGCCUUUCCCACAGGGCACGGAAAAUAUGGAAAAGGUGCUGAGUUCCAUUUGUUUAAUCUGGCAGCUAAUACUUGGUUACUUCAUUAUCUCAGAUUGACAAAUCAGUGGCAGGACCAGGACAGAUCAUUUAUCUCUAAUAUAUUUGAAGGAAUGAAUAUAGAAUUAACUGCAGUGUUGAGAAGAUACUCUACGCAGGGCUCUCUCUCCAUGUUUGAUACUUCACCCCCAUCAGUUUGGUUGACGGCCUGGUGUCUCAGAAUUUUCGAGGAUGUUGCGUUCCAAGAUUGGGAGGAUUAUAUAUACAUUGAUCCACAUAUAUUCAAAUCUUCAGUUUUGUGGCUGAUAAACUUUCAACAUAUAGAAGGAUACUUUACAGAAACAGAAUAUAUUAAGGUUCCAUUUCUUCUUCACAUGGCUGGAUAUGGUGGGAAGAGCAAUAGUUCAAAUCAUGUUGCUUUAACUGCUCAUGUACUCAUUGCUCUUGAUAAAGCUACUCCACGAUUAUCAGGACAUGUUACCAAAUACUGUAGUACUGCUAAAUUGAGAGCUAUAAAAUUUUUAGAACGUAGCGUGGACCAUAUAACAGAUGUUUAUGAAAUGGCAAUCACAGCUUAUGCUCUGGCAGUCGCAGGAUCAUCAGAAUCAGAAGAAGCAUAUAGAGAAUUGUUCAGUAUGCGAAGGGAGGAGGGAGGAAUGAGUUAUUGGAGUAGAACUAAAAUAGCGACGAACCGUGUACGGUACGAGUUUAACCGACCCUUCCUUGAAGCUAAGGAAAGACAGGACAAUGAUGCCCUAGCAGUAGAAGCAACAGGAUACGCACUGUUAACCCUAUUCAGGGUGGAUGGAGGGGGAAUCACAUUUAUGCAGGAUCAGAUUGUGAAAUGGUUGAACACUAUGAGGAUGGGGGUUGGAGGGUUUAUUUCUACAGUUGAUACUAUUGUUGCUCUAGAGGCUUUAGUCAGAUACUCCUAUCAUAAUAAUAUCAAGGAUUUAUCCAACAUGUUUGUUACAGUGGAACAUCCAGACUCAAACCUUACAGAAACCUUCCAUAUUCUUAGAGAAGGAGUGAGUACUGGUAUAGAAUUGCCUCUGGAAAAUGUUUGGGGACAUGUUAACUUUAAAGCAACGGGAGCCGGACAAUCAGUUGCUCAGCUGGAUAUAACCUAUGGAAUUGAUUAUCCAUCUCUAGUGGACCACCCACCGAAAAAAUGUUUUGAACUAAACAUAAAGGAAAUGUUUGCUGGGCGAAAUAAGUCUGAGAUAACCUACGACACCUGUUUUAAAUGGACCUGCAUAGAUGAAAGUCCACAGUCAGGGUUCGCUAUGCUGGUUUUAGAUAUACCUUCAGGUUAUAUCCUGCUGCAGCCUGAUGCUGUGAAGAUAGUAAGGUCUGGAGUUAUCCCUGAGCUUCGAGAUGCAGAUAUGGAGAAAGCAGGGAAAACAAUCUGGUUCUUUGAUUAUAUAAGUAGUAAACUACAGUGCUUCUCACAUACUGUUAG